GUAUUCGUGUAUCAAAAGCUUCUUUCCAUCUGCCUUAUUUUCCUUCACUUCUUCCAAACCUUUUUCUGUUUUCAAACAAAUUAAUAUGCCAAACACGAGAAAUCUGAGGCACCUCAACCUCAACAUGUGCUGCUCAAACUCAGCUACUCCUGACUCAGAAACUCCACCAUUGAGCCCCAUUACUACUUCCUCACAUCACAACAUUCACUCUGCAUCUCCUUCUUCCAUUAUGAUAAAGAACUUCAACUCUAUCUAUGACCCUACCUUAACCUCUAACAACUCUUUCACCUCCACUUUCUUCUCCACCACCACCUUCUUCGAACCAGAACCCGAACCUCAACCCGCCGACUUCGCCACCGCUUGUGCCUCCCAGAGGUUCUUCUUCUCCUCUCCCGGCCACUCAAACUCCCUCCUUCAAUACACCAACAAAGCCACCCAACACCACUCGCCGUCGCUGAGAGAAGAUGGCGCUGAUGUUGAGAAGACGAAGAUGAAUAAGAAGGUGCCGUUCAAGGGGAGCGUGGCGGUGGCCACGUACUCGCCGGACCCUUACGUGGAUUUCCGGCGGUCGAUGCAGGAGAUGGUGGAGGCGCGUCCGGAGCUGAUGGACGUGAAGUCGAACUGGAAUGUGUUGCACGAGCUUCUUCUCUGCUAUCUUGCGCUCAACCCAAAGAACACCCACAAGUUCAUUCUUGGUGCUUUUGCUGAUCUCCUCGUUAGCCUCAUGUCUUUCUAGUGCUGGAUCUUCAAUUUUUCCUUGUAAAUUCAAAUAAUGAAACAUAGAAUGGAUGCAUGAA